CACCAGUCGCAAAAGAAUUUUCUAAACAUGGCGGAGGCGCAGGACGAGUUGGUGCUCGUCGAGCGUGUCUUCCUGAGAAUCGCAGCUGCGGACACCGACGAACAACUGCAGAAUGCACUGGCCAGGUUCCUGCCACCUGUUUUGCUCAAGCUGUCCAGUCCUCAAGACGGUGUUCGCAAAAAGGUCAUGGAACUAUUGGUUCACGUCAACAAGCGCCUCAAGACGAGACCUCAGGUCCAACUUCCAAUGGAUGCCCUUCUCGUGCAAUAUGAGGACCCGGCCGCCACGUCUUUCGUUAUAAACUUUGCUGUGAUCUACAUUAAAAUGGGAUAUCCACGACUCGAAGUCUCGCGCCGAGUGGAGCUCCUGCCGGUGCUCUUGAACUGCAUCAGGGGCAAGCCACAGCAGCACCAGGACAGCCUCCUUCUCAUGGCCCUGCUCACGUUGCCGCACGUUAAAAUUCCCCAAGACCCUGAGCAAUGCGUCCACCUCUUGGGACUUUCGGACAAGCCUCAAGCUGCCAAGAUGCUCAGCGAAAUAAUUCUCGACCUCCUCUUCCUCCCGUAUGGCAUGACCCUGCAGACUGCUUUGGCGAAACCAGCUCAAGUCACUCCAGAAGGUGGCGCUGCAUCGGAUGCUCCGCGACAGGCUCCCGCAGGACUGAGCGAGCUGGCCGUCAAGCGCCUGCUCGGAGAGACUCAGUUCUCCCCGGAGGAGUUGGAAAAGACUAAGCUGGGUGCAGUGCGUUUUGUGGCCAGUGGGGUCUACCCUGUUUCGUCUAUUCUGCCGCACCUGCUCGUCGCUUCUGCAGAUACCAGACACAGUGUGGCCAGUGCAGCCGAAAUGGAGCUGAAACGCGUGAACGGGUCCGUGGACUGGAACGACAGUCAGCUGAUAUCAAGAUUGUUCAACAUCUACCUUGGCACUCUGGUGCCUAAAGAUGAGAAAAGCACGGUCCGACCAGAACAUCGGCGCUCGCCAGCAAACACGAGGAUUCGCCUCAAGUUUUUCCCCUACUUCCUCAAGUCUCGGCAAGCAGCAACGCAAUUCCCAGGAGCCAUGCUUGUUACCUUUGGCACCAUCUACGGCCAGACCGACACAAACCCCAAGUUGAAAUCGAUGGGACUCCAGUUUGUUCACAUGAUGUGCCAUCACAAUACUCAAGAGCAGAUGAAGGCUGUGGCCAAAGUUCUCAUCCAAGGCAUGGUGCGCAUCACUCAGGAUGAGGAGGAACCAGACGCCAAGCUACGAGCCCUGGCGUACGUUGCCAUCGGGAAGCUCGGAAGCAGGGUGCCACAGCUCGUGACCGGUGACCUCAGCUACCUGUACAGGCUGUACGAAGGCCUUACCAAGGAGCACGGUGACGCGCGUUUAGCUGUCCAAGAAGCCCUCUCGUUGGUGGCGCCGGCAUUCACCAACGUCGACGAAGCCACCGGUAACCUCUUGGUGUCCCUCAUUGGAUCUUCCAUAGAGAGCAUUGACCCGAUGGCCAGGCAGACGGCCGUUCACUAUGCAGCUACCGUCUUUCAGCCGACGCACAUCCCGUCAAAGUUUUUGCUCCUGCUGGCCGCUGGAGAUGCUAAAGAGGACAUUAGGCGUGAGGCAGUCAAGGCGCUGCAUCCGCAGCAGAUGGAGGGGGCCAAGGCCGCCGACAUUUAUCCGUCGUUUCCAGCAGUCAUGGAGUAUGUAAGCGAGAAGGCAACAUCGAGGAUGUCCUCCAACACGACAGCUUACGUCAAGGGAGGUGUACGGCUGCCGUUCAAUCCCCCACAAUUUAUAGAGGUGUUGCGGUACCUCCGCUGCUGCUUGUGUACCAGUGCGGGCAUUCCGACGCUGGACGUCCGCGACACCGGAUCUCUCCAGGACCAGUCUCCACUGGUGUCCGCGUACAUCCGGAAAUUGACGGAGGAGUCCUCUCCGGCUCCACGCCUCUACUGCUCCAUGUUGGAACGUUUCCUUCCCUGCCUCUCGGAUGCUUCGGCACUGUACGCACUCUUGGAGCUUGCGGCUUUAAUACCGAAUGAGGUGGCGCCGGGCCUCACUGGUAGGAUGAAUACUGUCAAGAACCUCUUGGCAUCGUCCAAAGAAGACUUGAGGGAACACGCCGCGCAGCUGUACGCCCUAAUCCUGACAUACACGAGCGACGACACAACGUUCCUUCGCUCGGUCGAAGGUCUUCGGACUGACGCUGGCCUAAAGAACCCAGAACUUCAACAAGGAAGCAUUCUGGCAUUGGGUUACGCACUGGGCAGGAAACUUUACACAAACAAUAGCUCGCUCGGUGAUCCCAAAAUGAGAGAGGCCGUCACUGGCGCCUGUUCCCUUUUUGUUCGACACCUCAAGGACACCCAGGGGGCCCUCAUGCCAGCAUCCUGCACCGCUUUGGGCGAAGUGAGCCGUCACGGCGCCUUGCCGUUGCCUCCCGGGGCCAGAGAUAACGAUAACGAUAAGGGUUCCUCCGAGUCCGAGGUCACAAAGAUGGCCGUCGUCACUGCCGUGGCAAACAUACUCAAGAACAACAAGCUGCCGGCAAAGUCCAGGGAGAAGGCUGCACAGACGCUAGGGUAUUUGUGCUUGGGGGAUAAGGGCUUUCCUCAUACAAGGGCUGUCUUGGACGUCCUUCUAGGCAUCACCUUCGAAGCUGCAGAUGUUGAAGUUCACUUCACGGUUGGGGAGGCCAUUUGUUCUGCGUUGCUGGGACCGGCCUCGCCUCAAGCGCGAGAUUUUUGGACCGUGUCCGAGAAAGACUUUGUUGCUCCGUCGGACUACUCGCCUCCCAUGGAACCGAUGGAUUGGCUCGUGAACGAAAUCUUGGAGAAAUUUGUUCGCAAUCCUAAACCUGCCGUGCGUCAGGCCGCGUGCAUCUGGAUACUGAGUUUGCUGAAGAGGUGCAGCCGAUACGGCCCUGUUCUUUCGAGGCUCAAGCUGAUCCAGACGUCCCUGUUGAACCUCCUAGCAGACCGGAGUGACUUGACCCAGAGUAUUGCUUCCAAGGGCCUUAGCCUGCUUUAUGAAAUGAGCAACGAGGAAGAUCGCAAGGAACUCGUGUCUCUCCUCCUGGAAACGCUUACGACGGGCAGGAAGGCCAAUAUCACAGUUACGGAAGAUACGAGGCUCUUCGAUGAGGGUACACUGGGCAGUACCCCCACUGGCGGUGGAUUAACGACUUACAAGGAACUCUGCUCACUCGCGACUGACCUCAACCAGCCGGACUUAAUGUACAAGUUUAUGCAUCUUGCCAAUCAUCAUGCCAUGUGGAACUCCAAAAAGGGAGCGGCAUUUGGGUUCGGCAGCAUCGCCGAGAAGGCGGGAGAACAACUAUCCGAACACUUGGGCGAGAUCGUGCCGAAGCUGUACAGGUACCAAUACGAUCCCAAUCCGGGCAUCCGGGCCUCCUUCACGUCAAUCUGGGGGGCACUCGUCAAGGAACCUCAGAAGACGGUUGACAAGUACCUUCGUGAGAUUCUGCAGGACCUCAUCCAGAACUUGACCAGCAAUGAGUGGAGAGUGAGAGAGUCCAGUUGUCUAGCCUUGAGUGACCUGCUUCGAGGAAGAAGGCUCAACGACAUUCUCCAAUUUUUGCCUACCCUCUGGGAGACACUUUUCAGAGUCAGGGAUGAUAUAAAAGAGUCUGUUCGAAAUGCUGCCGAUGGCGCACUGAAGACACUGAGCAAGGCAUGCGUGAAGCUGUGCGACGUCUCGAGCGGCAAGUCGGGCGAGCAGGCCGUCGCGGUGAUCUUGCCCUGCUUGGUGCAAACCGGGCUCACUAACCAAGUGAGCGAAGUGAGAGAAAUUAGCCUCUCCACGGUCGUCAAAAUCAGCAAGAGCGCGGGCCUCCUGCUGAGGCCCCAUCUACCCUUGCUGUUCGUCGCAUUACUGGAUGCCCUGAGCGAGCUGGAGCCCCAGGUCUUCAGUUAUCUCAGCGUCCGAACCAGUGCAGAGAACAAGGACAAGCUGGAUGCUGCCAGAGUUGCAGCUUGCAGGUCUUCACCAAUGAUGGAAACCAUUAACCACUGUGUGCAAUAUGUUGAUGAAGGUGUGCUCCAAGACCUUGUCCCACGACUUGUGGACCAGAUGAAGAGCUCCAUCGGACUUGGCACAAAGGCUGGUUGCUCGCACUUGGUCAUAUCCCUUACUCAUCAGGCACCCAUUCAGCUCCAGCCACACGUGGGAAAGCUUCUAGGUGCAUUUGUGCACGGUCUAAAUGACAAGAACGCCACAGUGCGCAAGAGCUACGCAACUGCCAUUGGUAAUUUAACCAAGGUGGCCAAACCAAGCAGUGUCGAAAAGUUGAUGGGAAAAAUGCAGACGUGGUACAUGGAAAAAGAUGAUGACACAGUUCGGUGGGCCGUCGCGCACACGAUGCAGGCGGUGGCAAGGUACGCUCCCGACGUAGUACGGGACCACGCAGCUGUCAUCCUGCCGUUGUCCUUCUUUGCAAUGCAUGCCACGGUGUUGGAGCCGGGUGCGGAAAGUCCUGCUGCCCUCUGGGAGGACAUAUGGAAUGAAUUCACAAUAGGGUAUGAAUCCGGAUUGAAGCUGUACCUGGCCGAAGUGGUCGCGCUCAUACAGCAGGGCCUGGACAGUGGGUCCUGGGGCAUAAAGCGUCAGGCUGGCGAAACUGCCUGCAAACUCGGAGCAAAGCUGGGACCCGCACUGGGGACGACGCCUCAUAUGAGGCCGCUCUUGGACGCCCUUCUGGCCAGCCUUUCGGGAAGAACGUGGACAGGAAAGGAAUCUAUACUGAAGGCCAUCUCUGCGAUAUGCAAGGAAUGCAUAAGCUGUACUGUGGUAGCAGAACAAGGCGAGGACGCAAACGCACGACGAGCUUUUCUGGACAAGAUUGCAGAGGCACUGUUAAGAGAAUGCCGCAAAGAGAACCCAGUGUACAGGGAAGAAGCCAUCCAGGCUAUUGCACCAGUCCUAGAGAAGCAUAAGCUCGACUAUUUUGCACCCCUGCUAGAAAUCUUGGAACCCCUCCUUAGGAAGGCUACCGGUAGAAACCAGGCAGGCGAAGAGAUCAGCGAUGACGAAGACGACAGUAAAAAGGGUCUCGAGUCAAAGCUGCAGUUCCAGUCCGUCUGCUACGAGGCUCUCGGACAAGCAUGGCCCCUCACACCGGACACACAAGCCAAAUACCAGGCUCGUUUUUGUGACCUGCUGGUAUGUAAUUUCUCUGCAAGUACAUGGAAGGUACAACUCUCCAUACUGAAGUCACUGAGGAAUUUUGUAACGAGGUUGGAUUGUUUGCAAGCAGGAUGCAAAGAAAGGAAGAGUGACCACUUAGCUUCAAUUUCUGCUGGAAUUGUCACAGUGUCCUGCCAUGCUCUAGAAAUGACAAAAUAUGCUACGCUAAGGACAGAAGCUUUAGAACUUAUCAAAGCUUUUCUCUCUCGCCUAAAAAAAAGCAAGCAGACCGGCGUCCUGUCUUCAGCAUCAUCGAGCAAACUGCGGACGUCCGUAGAAAUGGCGACGAGCGACGGCAACGUGGCGGUGAAGGACCUGGCGCAGGAACUGCUGACGGAUGUCCUCGUAAAUUAGGCGCACGUUCUCGUACGUGCCCUUAGGUAACUUUUUGUUGAGUGAAUAGAUGCUUGGAAAGAUUGUAAAGCUGUUUUAUUAUAAAUAGCCUCACCCUCAAUACCUA